AGAAAUGACUUUGGACAUCAUUUCCUCAGUGCUGUGGAGCACUCUUUCCUGAACAGCUAGUGUAGAGUAUUCACAACAAUAUGCUCUCUCUGCUGCUGCUACUGCUAGGCCUGCAAAGCUUCUGCCAACCUGCAGGAGCAGCUGAGGAACUUUGGUGGGAUGUUGUGAGUGGUAUAGCUGAGGCAAUCAAUGAGUACUUCUAUGAGUACACCGAGGAACCAACAGAAACUGCCGCGGCUGUCAACAGCAACGAUGACUGGCUGUAUGACCUCUUUGAUGAGGAAGAUGUAUGUGACCCAAACCCCUGUUUGAACAGUGGAACAUGUGAGGUUGGAACUGAUGGUCAUUUCAAAUGCACCUGCCCUCGGCCCUUCAAGGGCAAAAAGUGUCAAGACGUUGAGGAUGUGUGUAAGAAUGUUAACUGUGGUCAUGGCGAGUGUGUCCGCAUUCCAGAAAAGCCCUUUUAUGAGUGCAAGUGCACAGCCCCCUACAGGCCUCCCAGGUGCAAAAGAUCUUCACCCUGUAGGCCCAGCCCCUGUUUAAAUGGAGCAAGGUGUGUAAAGGGGCGUAAAACCUUCCGCUGUGCGUGUCCUGAUGGCUACACCGGAAAGUUCUGCCAAGUUGGUCCUGAUGACUGUUAUGAGGGAGAUGGAGAAUCAUACAGAGGCUUUGUAAGUGAAACGGUGAGUAAACUGGAGUGUUUGCCCUGGAACUCUCACCUCCUACCAUACAGUGAAUUUGAUGAAGACGAUGGAACUGGACAGCAUAACUACUGCAGGAACCCAGAUGGGGAGAGCCAGCCCUGGUGCUUCGUCCGAUAUCAAGGCAAACUGCGGUGGGACGACUGUGCUGUUCAACGCUGCCCUGAACCAGCUUCAACAACUGAACCAACAACCACUGAAGAGCCACCUACUGAACUUACUGAAGUGGUCACCAUGGCCCCUCCAAAGAAGGACUUCUCUGUGUGUGGGAUGACCCAGCCUGCCAGGGCUCUGAGUAGGAUCUUUGGCGGAAGGAAAGCUCUGCCUGGAGCUCAUCCCUGGCAAGUCUCUUUGCAGGUUCGCCGCAAACGCACUUCUGAAUCCUUUCGUCACAUUUGUGGGGGAAUCCUCAUUGACUCCUGCUGGGUUCUCACUGCUGCUCACUGCAUUCAAAGGAUAAAUGAGAUGCAAGUUGUUCUGGGUGGAGUGAACUUGGAGAAACAUGAGGCUGCAGACCAGACAGUGGAGGUGGACAGUUACAUCAUUCACGAGAACUACACAGAGACUCCUGAUGCCCUCUACAAUGACAUAGCCCUACUCAAACUGAAGGCAGUAGAUGGACAGUGUGCCAUUGAGACCAGGUUCGUUAAGGCUGCCUGUCUGCCCACUGGUCCAAUCCCUGAUGGGACGGAGUGCAUGAUUUCAGGCUAUGGAGUCACAGAGCACGAUGAAGAAGGUUCCAGUCAGCUGUUGGAUGCAAAUGUUCUCCUGAUUUCCCAGAAACGUUGCAUGGCUCCUAAUGUCUAUGGGAACAUGCUGGAUGAUGGCAUGUUCUGUGCAGGACACAUGAAAGGAGGAGUGGACUCCUGCCAGGGAGACUCUGGGGGUCCUCUGGUCUGUAAGCAGAACGGCUUGCAUUAUGUCUAUGGAGUGGUGAGCUGGGGUGACGCUUGUGGCAAGAAGAAUAGACCUGGCAUUUACGCUCGUGUCACCCACUACCUCGAUUGGAUCAAAGAAAAUAUGCACUCCUAGUAAAAUGGAGUUACAGGAAGAUAGUAUAAACAUAUCUGUGACAAACUGAAACAGUAUUAGUUACAUGAGACAUGAGUGACCGUGCAGCUUCAAAACCUUUACUUUUGGAUAUCAUAGUCUUACAUCUUUGAGCUGUUUUCUAAUGGCAUACUCACAAAGCUGAACCUGUCAGGCAAAUAUACCUAUAUCUAUAUAUGUAUAUCAAAUAAAUCUUAAUUAAUUAUAA